AUGGAUUUUGGGGAUGGCGGCUUGAGGUGCAAUUUUGCUAAUUCAUCUGCUACCACAAUAUCUGCUAAUAUCAAUUUCAUUUCCAUGCUUCAUGGGACAAACUUCAAGGAUUGGAAGGAGAACGUAUUGAUUGUUCUUGGCUACAUGGAUCUUGACCUUACACUUCAAAUUGAGCAACCAACUCCUCUUACAGAAGAAAGUUCUCCUGAUGAAAUGAUAAACUUUGUGAAGUGGGAUUGCUCAAAUCACAUGAGUCUAAUGAUUAUUAAGCGCGGCAUUCCAGAAGACUUUAGGGGUGCAAUAUCCGAAGAGAUAACUAAUGCUAAGAAGUUCCUUGCCGAAAUUGAGAAACGUUUUGGGAAAAACGAUAAGGCUGAAAUAAGCAUGCUUUUGCAAAGCUUGAUUUCAAAGAAGUAUAAAGGCAAGGGGAACAUAAGGGAGUACAUCAUAGAAAUGUCUCACAUUACUUCAAAACUUAAAGGACUAAAGCUUAAGCUGUUAGAUGACUUGCUCGUGCAUCUGGUAUUGAUCUCGCUUCCUGCACAGUUUAGUCAAUUUAAGGAAGAAAGGUUAAAGCAAGAUAAAACUGAAGUUGCUCACUUGGCAAGCACUUCUAAGGAUAACGGCAAGAAAAAGAUGAAGGAAUAUGAAGCUGUUCCUAAGGGUCCAGCACAAAAGAAAUAG